GCUUAAACCAUAUUCUCGCAUUUAAAGUCAUAAACAUAACCGCAGCGCGCGGGAAAAUAAAAAAAAAAAAGACCCCGCGCGGGGGCGAGAGAGAGAAACGGAUUGUACUAGAAACGAUGCCGUUUAGAAUAUUGUAUAUAAUUAUACAGGUUUUUAGAUUUCUGACGCUUCAUCUCUCUCUCUCUCUCUCGACUCUGGUUUACUUCUCGCUCUCUUCCACGCCGUGGUGGCUUUCACUGAUCGAAGACUCUACUCUCGCUCUCGACCUCUUUAGAGACACUGUUCUUUGCUGCUUGGGUUCACAGACCAGUUUUCACUACGUCCUGAUGCUACUGUUGCAGCCGAUGCACUCGCAAUAGUUCCCCUCACAGAAUGAAGUCACAGAUGGAGCCAAUGGAAUGUAGUGAUGGUGUGGUAAAUGCUGGUACAAGUACAUCGGCAGCUGAUUAUAGUCCGGAUUUUGAUAGCCCGAUGCCUCCCAUAAUGGAAGAUGUUGAUAGUCGAGGCACUUCUUAUGGUCGCCCACCAUUGAAAUCAAAAGCAUGGGCUCAUUUUACUAGAGCUAAAGAUGGUGAUCCCAAUAGCCCUAAAGCUAGUUGCAAUUAUUGUGGGAGGUCGUACAAAUGCCAUUCAAAAAAGCAAGGCACUUCAUCCAUGUUGCACCAUUUAACAAUUUGCAAACACUACCGUGCUAGACAGAGUCGCUUGGCUGCAUCAAAAUCAAAGUUGAUUUGUGAACUGAAGAAAGAUGGAGAUAGCACCACUGCAAGUCUUGCAAUUGAUAAGUGUGUUGAAAAGAAAAUAAGGGCGGCAAUUGCUAGGAUGAUAAUAGUGGAUGGGUUACCUUUUAGGUUUGUAGAAGGCCAAGGUUUUAGGGACUUUAUGAGGACAAUUGAUUCUAAGUUCCCAAUCCCUUCUUGCUUCACUGUGAUGCGGGAUUGUGUUAAGCUCUACCUACUGGAGAAGGAGAAGUUGAGGAAUUUGUUCACUACAUCAGGUCAAAGGGUUUGCCUAACUACUAGUAUGUGGACCUCAACACAAAAUCUUAACUAUAUUUGUAUAACCGGCCAUUUCAUUGGUAAUGAUUGGAAAUUAAAUAGAAGAAUUAUGAACUUUUGCAAAGUUCCUAAUUAUGAAGGUGUGACUAUUGGAAGGGUGAUUGAGUCAUGCUUGCUUGAUUUUGGCAUUGAUAAUAUCUUUACCAUCACAGUUGAUAGUACUACCUCUAAUGAUACUGCUAUUGACUAUAUAAGGAGGAGAACCAAAUAUAAGGUGGGUACUAUAUUAGACAAUGAGUUUAUUCACAUGAGGUGUUGUGCACAUUCGUUGAAUCUAAUCAUGACUGAAGGUGUAAAAGAUGUUAAUGAAUCAAUUGUGAAGGUUCGAAAUGCAGUGGCAUAUGUGAAGUCUACCCCUUCAAGGUUUGAUAAGUUUAAGUCUUGUGUGGAGAUGCAAAAAAUUCAGAGUAAGGGUCUUUGCCUUGAUGUUCCAAAUAGGUGGAACUCAACUUCUAUGAUGUUGGAUGUGGCAGAAAAGUGUCAAAGUGCCUUUGAACUUUUGCAAGAAAGUGAUGGACAGUUUGUCCAUCACUUGAGUGGGGAUGAGCAAGGGAGACCAGGCUUGGGUCCUCCUGAUUGUAAUGAUUGGGAUAAUGUUCGUGUCACUGUGAAGUUUUUAAAGAUAUUUUAUGAUGUAGCAUUGCGUAUUUCUGGUUCUUUGCAUGCUAAUUCUCAUUUAUAUUUUCAUGAACUUUCUGUGGUUCAUCAACAUUUGCAAGCACUUUGUGAAAGUAGUGAUAAUCUCUUGCAGAGCAUGGCUGAAAGAUUUAAGGCGAAUUUUGAAAAAUAUUGGGUGGAUUUUGAGAAAGUUAACUUAAUGUUGUUUGUAGCCGCUGUGCUUGACCCUAGAUACAAGUUGGAUGCUUUAGAGUUUUGGUUCACAGAAGUUGUUGGCAUUGAACAGGCAACUGAACUUGUAGCAAAGCUAAGGAGAGUCAUUGACCGGCUAUAUGAUCAAUACACUAAAUUUGGUGGCGAUAUAUGUGGGGUUGAGUUAAGUGGUGCUGAGCCUCAAAGUUCCUCAAUAUCAAUUAAUUCUAGCAAGCAGGGAUUCUUGAAUUUCAUGAGUAGGUACUACAAGAUUCGAACAUCACAAAAUAAUGUAGGGUGCAAGUCAGAGUUGGAUCAGUAUUUGACAGAUGAUAUUGAAGCACCAAAUGAGAAUUUUGAUAUUUUAAAUUGGUGGAAGUUGAAGUCAACAAAAUAUCCAAUCCUUGCCCAAAUAGCAAAACUUGUGUUGGCUGUUCCCAUUUCUACUAUUGACUCUGAGUCGAGUUUGAGCACUAAUGGUCAGGUGUUGGAUCAUUUUCGGAGUUCAUUAUCUCCAACAACAGUUGAGGCUAUUAUAUGUGCACAAAAUUGGCUAAAAGAGGCUCCACCCAUUGGUUAUGACACUCGAGAUGUAAUGGUAGAUGCUGAAAGCUAUAAGCUAGAAUCAGAGAUAUCUUUAAGGAACAUUUUACACGAUGACGAUUGAUUGAAGGUUGGCUCUACUGAGGGAUCAUGGGGCAUGGUUUCUCAACUUCAAACUGCGGGAGUGUAUGUAGGUAUGAAGGCUCACUAUUCAUCACUCCAAACAUUACUUCCUCUCUGAAGUCGACUUGACCAGUUGUGGUAAUUGUUUUUAGUAAUGUUAAUUCAAAGUGUUUGUUAGGAUCAUACGCGAGGUUUAUGAAUAAAAUUGGGUACCGUCCUUUUUCUAGAAAAAAAUGGUAUUUACCAUUAUAUCACUCCUUUUGUCUUUGAGAUCAAAAUAGUGAUCUUUUUUGGAUUCGGCUGCUGCUUGCCUUAAUCAUCUUGUUCCAACAUAAGGCUUCCUCUUCUUUUAGAUUUAUUUAAUUUUUUGUGUUAUUGAAUUGUCAACUUAUUAUUUAUUGGUUUGUUUAAUUAAUUUUUGGUGGUCUAGACAUGGUGGGCCGGAGUGGUGGUUGUGGAGGGAAUCUGCAAUCCUGAACGAAGGGCUUCUGUGAGUGCCACAUGGGGGGGCUUGUAUUUAGUGACAACUGCCCAUAUGAAGUUCACUUUGAAGGCAUGUUUGUACGAGUUAAACCAUGUUUUUUUGCAGAAAAGGAAGGAGUCACUCUUGUACAUAUGACUUCGGCUGUUUAAAAAAAAAAAAAGGAAAACCAUGUUUUUGCACGUUAGCUUUGUUAUGAAAAGUGAGAAGAGAAAAGUAAAAUAAAAACAAAAAUUAGUCACACAUGAUACAAAUUUAUGUAGUUCG